AUGAUGGCGAACGCGAUCGCGUUUACGCAACCUGUUGAAAAGGUGUAUGAUAUUCUUCCCCCUCCUGUUUCGGAUUUGGAGCAGGUCCUUGCCGUUUUGUUCACUGGACCUACUCGUCCUGUGGAAUCAGAUUUUCAUCGCACUCCGUUGCUAGUGAGGCAUGUUGCUGUUUUCGCUGCACUUCAGUGGCUAAAGCUUAAUCAUGUUGAUUACAUUGAUGUUAGCAUUUCUUCCGAAAAUUUGAUGGCUUAUCCUGAGCAUGAGCCUCCUGUUACUGUUCUUCAUAGACCGAGUGAUGGGUGCACUCCUUCCGAAGCAAUGUCUGUUGAUGAGCUCGACAUCGAGCGAGGAUCUGAGUCGGGUCCAUGUCCAUUUGUCGUCCAUGGCCUGUCCGCUGCUGAUGUCGCUACUAUGUCUUAUAGUUCUCGAAUCGCCACCGCCCUUCGUUAUUUUCGCGACGGGGGUGGUGUGCUGGGAUAUGGCCAAAGCAACCGUCCUGAAAGUAUCUACCAUAAUCCAGAUUACGAUCGAUCCUCUACGGGCCGACGACCUCCGCGCCGCAUGUGCUCUUUUACAACGAUCCACCCAGUGCCCCGAAGGUACAUUCGCAUUACACAGUGA